AUGGGUGAUUCUCUUGAAAUAGACAUUGACUCUGUAAUUGAUAGACUACUGGAAGUCAGAGGGUGUCGACCUGGAAAACAAGUGCAGCUUGCAGAGUUUGAAAUUAAAUACCUUUGUACAAAAGCGAGAGAAAUCUUUAUCUCUCAGCCUAUACUUCUCGAACUUGAAGCUCCAAUAAAGAUUUGUGGUGAUAUACAUGGUCAAUAUUACGAUCUGUUAAGGUUAUUCGAAUACGGCGGUUUCCCACCGGAAGCAAAUUACCUAUUUCUUGGUGACUAUGUUGAUAGAGGAAAGCAAUCAUUGGAAACGAUUUGUCUUUUAUUGGCGUAUAAGAUAAAAUACCCAGAAAAUUUCUUUGUUCUGCGUGGGAACCAUGAAUGUGCGAGUAUCAAUCGUAUUUACGGUUUUUAUGAUGAAUGCAAGCGAAGAUAUAACAUCAAGUUAUGGAAAACUUUUACAGAUUGCUUCAAUUGUUUACCAAUUGCCGCCAUCAUUGACGAGAAAAUCUUUACCAUGCACGGCGGCUUAUCACCCGAUCUCCAGAGUAUGGAACAAAUUCGAAGAGUUAUGAGACCGACAGACGUGCCCGAUACUGGUCUAUUGUGCGAUUUGUUGUGGUCUGAUCCUGAUAAGGAUAUUACUGGUUGGAGCGAAAAUGAUCGCGGCGUAUCGUUCACAUUUGGUCCUGACGUUGUCAGCCGGUUUUUACAAAAGCAUGAUAUGGAUUUGAUAUGUCGGGCGCAUCAGGUGGUAGAAGAUGGCUACGAAUUUUUUGCCAAAAGACAGCUCGUUACUUUGUUCUCUGCACCGAACUACUGCGGUGAAUUUGACAAUGCUGGCGCGAUGAUGAGUGUAGACGAGACUCUUAUGUGUUCGUUUCAGAUCCUCAAACCAGCGGAGAAGAAAAAAUACUAUGGCGGUGGUGGCAUGCAAGGACGACAGAUGAACAACAACAACAACGGCAACUCACAACGUAAAAAAAAGG